AUGGAGCAGCCUCAAGCCAAAAGAAAGGUUUCCACCGUGUGGGACCAUUUUGAUCUCAUAUCGGAUCCUCAUCUGUUCCGCGGUAUCCUGUCGUGGCCUAACCCCAGUCCAGAGACCGUGCUGUUCUUCAGUGGACGGGUGGAACCACCUCACAACAGCCAGGAUGAUCUCAGAGACGACCUGUCCGCCCAGGAGGGGCAGGCUCUGCUCUGUCUACCGGCAGAGUCCUCCACCCAGCUGGGGGAGGGGCCCGGGCCGAGCGAGACCUCACACGACAGCAUUCGCUCAUCUGACACGGUGCGGCUUCGGCGUUCCUGCCAGCCCGCACACAGUCGCACCAAACACCACUCUGGAUCCAACGUGAGCUUCAGCCACGACACUGAGGGAGGCGAGGACGACCAGGCCCAGGACUUUGCAAUGGGCUGCCCAGAGGUGGAGGCAGAGGACUUUGUGUGUGACUACCACCUGGAGAUGCUGAGCCUGUCACAGGACCAGCAGAACCCAACCAGCAUCCAGUUUGAUCAUCUCUCCUGGCAGUGCCACCUGCCCUCCCUCAAGCCACUGGGCCUCAACAUCAUGCUGAACCUCUGCAACGCCAGCGUCACCCAGCAGCUCUGCCGCUUCUCUGACCACCUGUCCAACCUGGCUCUGCAGGAGAGCCACGGCUCUGUACUGACUGUCUACGUACCCUGGGGGCUCUGUGAGCUCUCCAGGCUCAUAGGAUUCACUCCCGGUGCAAGGGAGCUGUUCAAACAGGAGAACCACUUGGCUCUGUACCAGCUGCCAUCUGGAGAGAAAACCAAGGAGUUAACCUCCCGCCACCUUCAUUACUUCACCAAACGCCAGCCUCCCAUGUCCCACCUCAUCUCUCUGUUCGUACGAGACUCCUCCUCCAAUAACAUCCAGAUGCUGUCACAUGGCUCGGCUGACCUCAUCCUGGAAGCCUGCACUGACUUCUGGGAUGGAACUGAUAUCUACCCCCUGUCGGGCUCAGACAGAAAGAAGGUCCUGGACUUCUACCAGCGGGCCUGUCUGUCAGGUUACUGCUCAGCCUUUGCCUACAAACCCAUGCAAGUGUCACUGUCAAGCCAACUCAAUGGGAAGUGUGUAGAACUGGCCCCCGGUCCCAGCCUCUUCUCUGGAGUGGAGCUGCCCUCCACCACCCCCAUCAAAUACAACUCCUGUAGGAACAGCUGGAGCUCAGAUGAGGGUAUAGGUGAGGGGGUGGAGCGUGAGGACUGCGUCCAGGCCCUGAGUGGGCAGAUCUUCAUGGGAAUGGUGUCGUCUCAGUUCCAGGCGAGGCUGGACACAGUCCGGCUUAUCGAUGCCCUGGUCACAGCUUGCAUCCGCUUUGUUUACUUUUCUAUGGAGGAUGAGCUCCGCAGCAAGGUUUUUGCUGAGAAGAUGGGUUUAGAGACGGGCUGGAACUGCCACAUCUCUCUGACCCCAAACGGAGACAGUCCCUGUGAUGGAGCUCCAUCCAGCCCCAGUCACGGUUCCCUGCACGAAGACCUGAACCAAGAUUCUCGGGAUGAAGCAGAAGGUCCUUUGCUGCCAGAGGAGGAAGCCCACUCUGACUUAGCCAGUUUCCAGCCCACAGACAGUGAUGUGCCCAGCUUCCUGGAGGACUGCAACAGGGCCAAGCUACCUCGUGGGAUCCACCAGGUCCGUCCUCAUCUGAAGAACAUUGAUAAUGUGCCUCUUUUGGUGCCACUCUUCACUGACUGCACCCCUGACACCAUGUGUGAGAUGAUGAAGAUCAUGCAGGAGAACAGGGAGGUUACAUGCUGUCUGGGAAGCUCCGCCAAUUUCCGCAACAGCCGCCUGUUCCUACAGAGUGACAUCAGCAUCGCUCUGGACCCUCUGUACCCGUCUCAGUGUUUGUGGGAGACGUUUGGCUAUGCCACCGGAGGAGGCUUCAACGGAGACGCUGAGGGUCUGUCUCCUCUGAGACUCUCAGGACAGCUCAACAGUCUGGGCUGCUCUGUCACCUUCCACCAAGGAGAGAGCGUCAGCAUGGUCAAGCUCAUAGAGCAGGCGCGACACACGACCUAUGGCAUCCGCAAAUGCUUCCUCUUCCUGCUGCAGUGUCAGCUCAGUCUGGUCAUCAUCCAGUUCUUAGCCUGUCUGGCUCAGCUUCCUCCUCCAAUGAACACCACUGACAUCCUCUGGCUGUCCUGCUUCAGCUGCCCACUUCUAAGUGUGUCACUUCUGGGGAAGCCUCCAGACACUUCAGUCAUGGCAGUUGCCACAGGGAAGAACCUAGAUUUCAUUCCAAGAAAGACCCAGAACUACUUCCUUGGCUGUUUCCUGUUGAAGUUUGCUCUGACAGUGUGUGCCUACCUGUUGGCCUUUGGGUUUACGCUGCAGGAGGUCUGCCUAAGCAGAGGCAACAACACCACCAUCACCUGCCACAUACUCACAGCCAGCUCUUCAGACGAGGCUCCUCAGUGGUUCAGUGAGCUGUCUAAUGGCCUGCUGCUGACUCAGAAGGUCAUGGCAGGGUUCCUCGUCUUACACACAGUGGUGAUCUCCCUCAGCUACGUCCACCGCUCUCAGCCUCUGUGGAGAAAGAGUCCGUUCAGCAAUACCUGGUGGUGUCUCACUGUACCUGUGGUUCUGCUCAGCCAGAUUGUUCAGGCCUCAGUGGAUUACCAGUUGUGGCGCGACCGGGGCAACCUCCCGACCUUUAACCUUGGUGACAUACCGCUGCUAGCCUGGAUGCUGGUCUCUCUGUCCAUGCUGCUGCUGGUGGUGGUCAAUGAGGUGGUGAAGCUACACGAGAUACGCAGGUAGCUGCAUCUGUCUGAGUGGGACUCCAGCUCGGAUGAG